UUAUAAGUAUAAUUUGCACCCCACCUUUUCCCCCACAAACAAAAAGCGACUCUCCUACCAAGAUCAUGGGAGCCCUCAUAAAUAAUCAUUUUACACAAAAAGCCCAAUUUAAAAAUAAUAAUAAUAAUAAUCAAUCGCCGCCCUCUUCAGGAGCUCCCCCCUCACUCCCACUCUCGCACCAAACACUCGUCUCUCGCCCUCAAAAAGUUCCGUACAGUUCUCCAAAACCCUAACCCUAACCCUGAUGGCGAGGUCUCCUCGGGUCUCAACCCCUCGCCGCACGUCGCCGAGAUACAAGUCGACGUCGCCGGAGCCCGGCCCGAUCCGGCGGUGGCUCAAGGCCGCGCUCUUCGCCGCCGCCGUCGCGCUCCCGCUCGCCGUGCUCCACAAGGCGGCGGUGCCGAUCUCGCCGCCGCCCCGCUCCUUCGACCAGCUCUUGGCGGUCGGGGACUCGCCGGAGAUCGAUCGAGCACGUUCGGAGGGCGAGGGUUUUGAUCCGGAAGAUGAGCAAAUCAGGCUGGAGAGUGUGUUAAAGGAGGCAGCCAUGGAAGACAAGACAGUGAUCCUUACCACUUUAAAUGAAGCUUGGGCUUCUCCGAAUUCAGUUUUAGAUAUUUUCAUCGAGAGCUUCCGCAUUGGUGAAGGCACGCGAAACCUUCUGGAUCAUUUGGUUAUGGUGGCUCUGGAUAAGAAAGCAUAUGAUCGAUGCAUCUCCGUACAUCCGUAUUGCUUUUCCCUUGUUACAGAGGGGGUAGAUUUUUCAGGAGAAAAGGUUUUCAUGACUGAUGGGUAUCUGAAAAUGAUGUGGAGGAGGAUUGAUUUCUUGAGAGUUGUUCUUGAAAUGGGAUACAACUUCAUUUUCACGGAUACAGAUAUUAUGUGGUUCCGGAAUCCAAUGCCACAUUUCUAUCCAGAUGGAGAUUUUCAGAUAGCCUGUGAUCACUUUCUAGGCAACAAUGAAUUGGAUUUAGCAAACGAGCCAAAUGGAGGAUUUAACUAUGUCAAAUCCAACAACAGAACAAUUGAAUUUUACAAAUUUUGGCACUUAUCGAGAGACUAUCAUCCAGGGCUACAUGACCAAGAUGUGCUUAAUAUCAUCAAACAUGACCCUUUUACUAAAGACUUGGGAAUACAAAUGAGAUUUCUGAGAACUGAUUAUUUUGGCGGGAUCUGUGAACCAAGCAAAGAUUUCAAUGAAGUUUGUACCAUGCAUGCAAAUUGUUGUAUUGGUUUGAGUAGUAAGAUUCAUGAUUUAGGAGUAAUGCUUGAUGAUUGGAGGAGGUUUAUGUCGAUGCCACCAUCUGUAAAGAAAUCAAGGCAGCAUCAAUGGAGAGUACCACAAUCUUGCAGCCCUCCAUAACCGCGUAAAUGUAAUUAAUACCUGAACCUGCCACUGAUUUUUUGUUGAAGAAAUUAAGACGGAUGCUUUUGGCGAUUCAACUGUACAUACUUCCUAUGAGAUCUGCAAGACUAGAACUUGAAGAUACUGACCUUCACUGGUGCAAUGCGAGCGCAAUGCCACUUAAUCAUACUGCUAUUCUUUCUUCCCAUUCUUUCUUCCCAUCGGAGUACAGCAAGAAAAGCAAAACAAAAGAGGGAAAAGAGCAAUUUGUUUGUCAAUAUUUUGUAACUCAUGUUGUCUGUUGUCGGCAAGAUCAAUAAAACUUUAAAUGCAAAUCAUGUUAUUUGUCUAUGUUUUGGUUAAUUUUUUCUUACAUUUGUUGAAUAAUUAUCCUGAUGCAAUCUUGCAUUUUACAUACUUGCAAGUAACAUAUUGUUACUAUGGUAAUACCAAAAAUGUGGAUACAUUAAUCCAAUACAUAUGUAUAUAUAUACUAUGUUUUAUGCACAUGUAAUGCAUGUGGGUAAAUACCAUUAUUAAGUAUUUUUGAUUU